AUGUCUUUCAAGAGUGCUAAGAGUGGAAAUAGUACCGAAUGUCACUACUGGGGUUACUCCUUUCAUUGGACUGACCUCCACACCUCUGCUGCUGACUUCAAGCCGUUGAUACACAGCUACGAUUCCCUAGCCGACGAAUGUGUGGAUCGCUUGAACAGAAUUCCUUCCACAGACGAUGGCGCCGAUAAACGGCCUUUCAAGAAGGAUCUUUAUGGCUUACUGAGGGACCAUGCGGAGAAGGAUCCAAAGCUUAACGAACUCUGGACUGAAAUCAAUACAGUUCCGGAGUGGGUUGACUGGGAUCAAAUCCAACGGGCCCAGGAUGUUUUUUUCCGAUAUGGCCUUCCGAUUCUCAAUGUUCUCAACUUUGAAAGCUUACUUGGUGGAAUGGGUGCAAUACGAGUUGUCGAAACCCUUUCGCGAACCGGUGGUUUCGGAGCUAAAGUGGUACGCCGACGAUUACUCGAGACGCUUCAGCAUAUCCUUCAGGUUAACAACUCAGUGGAAGGCAUGAAGCCAGGUGGGGACGGCCACAUCUCAUGUGUUCGUGUCCGACUGCUUCAUUCCUCUGUUCGCAAGAGGAUCCUAAGUUUGGUAGACCAGAACCCAGAAUACUACGACGUCAAUAAAUACGGAACGCCAGUUAAUGACCUAGAUUGCAUCGGCACUAUCAACACAUUCUGCAGCUCAGUGGUAUGGCUUGGUCUUCCGCGACAGGGCAUCUACCUCAGCCAGCAAGAGACCGAGGACUAUAUCGCACUAUGGAGGCUAGUUGCAUAUUAUAUGGGCACACCUACUGACCCGUUGAAGAACACAGCGAAGGCUCGUGCUAUGAUGGAAUCCCUUCUAGUUUCUGAGAUCGAUCCCACUGAGACAGGAAAGGUCCUGGCGAAGAAUAUCAUUAUUGGCCUGGAGAAUACAGCGCCGGCAUUUGCAUCCAAGGAAUUCAUGGAAGCAAUGAGUCGACUACUCAAUGGAGAUCAACUCUCCGACGAGCUUGAUAUUCCUCGACCUAAUCUAUACUAUCGGAUGUUGAUCUGGGGAUAUUGUUUCUGGGUUAUGGGUUUUUCAUACAUCGUACCAAAGAUAUAUUUCCUUGACAGGAUGAUGAUUUCACUCCGCCGAAAGCGUUUUUACAGUCUUAUCCUCGAUAAGAAGACAGGACUUGGGGAAGAGUCGCUGUUUGAGUUUAAAUAUGUGCCUACUCUUACUCGCACUACUCGUUUGGGCCAGCGAAGAAGUACUAAAUUCGAGAAACGCGGCAUUGAAAGUCUGGCGCAAUUAGGUCUUCUGGCAGCUUUUACCGCAGUAGCCACUUUAAGUAUGGGCUUUGUCUUUGCGGCGAGGAUGGUUCCUUCGCAGCUCUUCAUGGUUGAAGCUUGA